AGUCGUUGACAUUCUGCUGCCAACGGACCAAUCACUUGUCAAUUCGUCCCCGUCACGCCAAAUUCGGUGCGAGUGCGAUCCGUCAGGGAUCCCGCCAGCCAGCUUUCGAGAACGAUAGAGAAACGAAAGGCAACGAUGCCCAAAGCGGCCUGAGCCAGAGCCACCCACUCACUCUCCAACGACCAUCAGAACCUCCAGAACCUCCAGAACCUCAGUCCUGGUGGGCCUCUCUUCUCGCUGUCUCCCUUCAAAAAGCCACUUCUCUGUCCAACGCCCUGCUCCUCAUCACACCUCUAAUUCUACCUCGACCUUCUUUCUUCUUACUCUUCUCUUGAUCUCGCUGCGCGUCUCCUGGGACCUCCGACAUUCCUUCACCCGCCCUUUUCUUUAACCUUACUUCAAACGCCUUUCUUCUCAACUUUCGACCUCCACCACCGCAUUUGUGUACCUUCUUGCCCGUCAAUAUUCCACCCUUCCACAUUGCACUACGCUCGCCUCUGAGCAUACUCGCUUCUUCAACACGACCCACUUCUCGACUGUCACUUCCUACAUAUUCAUAUCAUCUUGCUUCUCGAAUUGCAGUCCACACACCCACCAUGUCGUCUUCGGAUGAUGAUGUACCCCUCGCUGAGAGAAAAACAAAUCUUGCAAAUCGAGUCAACUCUCAUCUUUCCUCCAACAAGAUCCCAUCUAGUGUCGAUGCUGCAUUGGAUCGCCAAAUCCCCACGAAUGGUAAAGUGCUUCCAGGUGUCUCAAUGGUCAACGGUGUCAUAAAGAAAGAAGAUCGCGACACUACCAUGGUGGAUGCUGGUAGCUCUCUGGCCAACGGUGUUGCAAAGCGCAAGGCCCAACUCGCUCGCCCCGAUUACGCUGAUGCAGAAAGCAGUGAUGACGAUCUCCCACUCAGCAAAAAACGAAGAACAGCUGUUCCCAAUGUCGCCGUCGAAUCAGAUUCUGACGAUGCUCCUCUCGUCUCAAAAGCAAAACAAAAUGGGACUAGUACAUCAAAGCCCCCGCGUGCAAGCUAUGCACAGAUUGGCGAGUCCUCUGACUCGGAUGUUCCUCUGCAGAAGAAACUGGUCAAAGAGAAACAAGGCAUCGAGAAGGCCGCCGAGAAAGAGGCCAAACAGAUACGGAGGGAUGAGAAGAAGGAUACCGUCAAACCCUCUAAAAAGCCAGCACCGGCACCAAAGAAGAUUAAGAAAUCCGAAUCAAGUGACGACGAUGUACCCUUAGCCAAGAAAGCAGCCAAUGCAUCCGCCAAAAAGGCCAAGGCUGGUUCAUCGACACCAGCUAAAAAGUCAAAGCCCGUGAAGAAGGAAGAAACUGUCGAUCCUGAGGAGGACGAUGAGGAGGGACAAGUCAACUGGUGGGAGGAUCCUACCAAAGGCGAUGGUACGAAUAAAUGGGAAACUCUCCAGCACAGUGGUGUGGUUUUCCCACCUCCUUAUGAACCACUCCCCAAGAACGUCAAACUCAGGUACAAUGGAAUCCCUGUUAGCCUCCAUCCUGAUGCUGAAGAAGUUGCCGGCUUCUUUGGUGGUAUGCUCAAUUCGACACACAACGUGGAGAACCCGACCUUCCAGAAGAACUUCUUCACAGACUUCAGGGAAAUUCUUAAGAAAACUGGCGGGGCGAAAGACGGGGAAGGUAACAAAGUGGAUAUCAAGGAGUUUGCCAAAUGUGAUUUCAAGCCAAUCUUCGAAUACUAUGAUGCUCAAAGAGAGGCCAAAAAGGCCAUCCCAAUCGCCGAAAAGAAAGCUAUGAAGGCCGAAAAAGACAAAGCUGAGGCACCAUACAUGUACUGUAUCUGGGAUGGCAAAAAACAGAAAGUUGGAAAUUUCCGCGUUGAACCUCCAGGCCUGUUUCGUGGUCGAGGUGAGCAUCCAAAGACCGGCAAAGUCAAAACCAGAGUUCAACCAGAACAAAUCACGAUCAACAUUGGCAAGGAGGCCACUGUCCCUCCACCUCCCGAGGGCCACAAAUGGAAAGAAAUCAAGCAUGACAAGCAGGGAACAUGGCUCGCUAUGUGGCAAGAGAACAUCAACGGCAAUUACAAAUACGUCAUGCUAGCAGCAAAUUCCGACAUCAAGGGUCAGAGCGACUACAAGAAGUUUGAAAAAGCUCGUGAACUCAAGAAACACAUUGAUCGCAUCAGAAAAGAUUACAAGAAAGAUCUCAAAUCUGAAUUGAUGGCCGAACGACAGAAAGCUACCGCCAUGUACCUGAUCGACAAGUUUGCGCUGCGUGCUGGCAAUGAGAAAGGCGAGGACGAAGCCGACACUGUCGGUUGUUGCUCUCUCAAAUAUGAACAUAUUACCCUCCGCCCGCCAUCAACCGUUAUUUUUGACUUUUUGGGGAAGGACAGCAUUCGCUUCCAUGAGGAGUUUGACGAGGUUGACCCACAAGUGUUCAAGAACCUCAAAAUCUUCAAGAAGCCGCCGAAGGGUGAAGGAGACGAUAUCUUUGAUCGACUCACAACAACUCAGCUCAACAAUCAUCUGAAGAACUAUAUGCCUGGACUCACUGCGAAAGUCUUCCGAACGUACAAUGCAUCGUACACAAUGUCACGGUUGCUUAAUGAGAUGAAAUCGGAAGGCAGUAUCCCCGAGAAGAUCAAAGACUACAACGAUGCCAAUCGAAAAGUCGCCAUCCUCUGCAAUCACAAGCGAACAGUUGGUGCAAGUCAUGCAGGCCAAAUGGAGAAGUUGGGUGAUCGCCUCAAAGGUCUCCGGUAUCAACAGUGGCGGCUGAAGCAGAUGAUGCUUAACCUGGAACCUAAGAUGAAAAAGAAGAAGGGCGCCGACUACUUUGAACUUCCCGAUGAUCUGGACGAUGCCUGGAUCUUGGAGCAUCAGGCUUUUCUGGUAGAGGAGCAGAAGCAAAAGAUCACCAAGAAAUUCGAAAAGGACAAUGAAAAGCUCAAGGCCGAAGGCGAGAAAGAGAUGAAGCACAAGGAGCUCGAGGAGCGACUUCAGGUUGCGAAAGACUUGGAGAAGAAAUUCAAAAAAGAAGCCAAAACCAAGAAAGUCGAACCCGAGGGCAAGUCGCCCUCGGUGGAGAAACUUGAGGAGAACAUCAAGAAGCUUGACGGACGAAUUGCGACGAUGAAAUUUCAAGCCGAAGACAAGGAGAAUAAUAAAGAGGUGGCUUUGGGAACUUCCAAGAUCAAUUAUAUCGAUCCACGUCUCACAGUGGUCUUCUCCAAGAAGUUUGAUGUUCCAAUUGAACGUUUCUUCUCCAAGACGCUUCGCGAGAAGUUCGAAUGGGCCAUCAAGUCGGUGGAUGAAGACUGGAGUUUCUGAUUUUUCUUUGGACAAAGUCUUGGAAUUUUUGUGCUGUUGCUGAAGAUCGUCAGAUCGUGAAAGCAAAUUUAGAUGCACAUUUAUGCCAACUGACAUAUGUUACAUACUUCGGAGGUGAUGUCAACGACAACGAAAGUAUGAAGGGAGGCUUGGCUUGUUUAUUCCUUCAAUAUGCGGGAGCGGGUUUUGCAUGGUCCAUUUCUGGGUGGGCUGUGACCUGCCCAGGCCGACUGUUAGCAUGGGUGCGAAGCAGCAGCGACAUGAAUCAACGCAAUCCAUGAGGGCAUGAUUUGAAAAGUAUCUUAAAGGUGGGGCGGUGACCUGAGCAGCCAAAGUCCUUGGGUCCAUGGUAUCCCCUGUUCUCAAGGUCAACAACGGGCAGACACAGAGUCUGAGGGCAAGCUGUGUACGUUCGUUCAUAGAAGUUGGGGCUCUUCCAAGGGCUCUAGAAGAUGAUCAAAAUAGAUAUCGAGUCUUACCACUGGUAGCGUCAGCCUCCUCGGCCCAUUGAAUCAC